AUGUCAGUGUCGCCUUCCCAGUUUGCAAGACUUCUGCGCCAGUCCAAGUUUGCUUCGUACGAUCCAUCAAUAUACCAAGUUUACACAAGUUAUGGUGGUCAUGUCCAUCGUGGGGACUUCGGCCUAAAGCGUCCAUUGCCGCGCUUGGCUCGCCAACGAAAUCCAAACAUUCUCAUCUCAAACAUUGACACUCCCGAGUACCAAACGGAGUGGAGAGAUGCAGAGGAUGAGGUGCGGAGGGUUGAACGCACCGAAGAGCUUGGAGGGCCCAUGUUCACGUCCCCCAGUCGGUGGACUGAGAAAACGUACUUUUAUCCGGACCAAUGGGCCGUAGACUCAGACUACGAUCCUAGCCCCCCCACCAAGCGUACCAUCGUGUACCACGGUAUGAAACCCCUGCUGCGUAUGACCAAAAAGGAGUAUCAGCGUUUCCUUGAUAACGUGCGCAGCUACCGAGACGAGUACCGCGACAGCCAGCAAAAACGUCAAAACCAGAUACAAAGGCGACGGUGGGAAGAAAAGAAAGGCCUUAUGCAUGAUGUCCACUCGCAGUACACUCCCGAGUUGCUCGAAGCACCAGUGAUGGAAAAGUCUCCACAGCCCAUCCCAGUUGAUCUCUACAGGGAAGCAAAUAUGGACGCACACCACGGGUCUUUCAAAUCGUUCCUCGGCAAUAAAGCUUAUGAAGAACAUAGCACGUAUGGGGCCACCACUGCUAUUGUCCCCAACCCACACCCCUUGGCCGGCCUCAACUACCAUAAUCCAUCGCGUAUUCAAUCACUUCUUACUUACCCCGCUCACCCAGGGCAUGCAUUCUAUGCCUCCCCUAAGCAAUCCCCAUACCUUGUUGAUCCAGCGGAUGACGGAGAUCGAAAUCGGUCUGGCAUAGCGGGCGCAAACAAGAAUGCCAUUUCUAACAAGUCAGCUCAUGCUCAUGCUCCCCGUUUCAUCGCUACCGUUGGAGGGUUCGCUUUCAAUUUGCCCGUCUCCAAUAUCCUUACCAGUACCGGGAACAUAGUGGAGCAUGGCAGCCGCGUCAAGCCCACCGAGCUUUUCCUCAAACCGGCGUACUCACCCGAGCAACGCGAAGCUGCUAUCAAGGCUGGCCGCGGCUCAUUCAAAUUUGUGGACAUACAUCUCACCGGCGUACCCUCGGUUGUGCGUGAUCCAGGCGAGGCUUCGAACUCCAUUCCGGAGAAGCUUUCAGUCCCGUUAAAGGGUAUGGCACAAUCAUGGAAAGGAGCUUGGAGUACACUAGAAGAUCCAUACAUCCCGGGCACGUACCGCUAUGUCGGCUCGUCGCCAAACAUCAUACCGCAGGCUCAGAAGCCUAGGAAGGCGAAGGACAGGGUGAGGCAGCAGUCACUGCGUAAGCAGAAAUCUCAGCUGCAAAAGGGAGGAGUUCUGCACAGUUUGACGUCGAUGAUCAGUAGUAAAAAGCGAACGAAGUAA